CGCGAGACCUUGAUCCUCCGGCUUUUGCAGGCGAGGGAGUGGGGAGAACAUGGCUGAAAGCAGUCAGGGCGUCCCAACGAGCAGCGGGGUUUGCAGCGAGCAGGACCCGGUCGCCAGCAGUGGCGGCUGCAACUUCCCAGAGUACGAGAUGCCGGAGCUGAACACACGCGCUUUCCACGUGGGCGCCUUCGGGGAGCUGUGGCGUGACCGGCUGCGCGGGCAAGGGGAUCUGUCGCUGAAGGAGCCUCCGGCAUCCGAGCUGCCUGGGGAAGGAGGGGUCGCCGACCCCGACUGGGACGAUGCCGCGGUGGCACGGGAUCUGGGCUGCGAUCUGGAGGCAGCGACCGAGCUGAGGGCAGUUUGCGGCCUCGAUAAACUGCAGUGCCUCGAGGAGGACGAGGACCCAGAAGUCAUCCCACAGGAUACUGACCUAGUGACUUUGGGGGUUAGAAAGAAGCUUUUGGAACAUCGGGAAGAAACAUUAACGAUAGAUCGGGCCUGCAGACAGGAAAUACUUGCUUAUGAGAUGGAGUCACAUGCCAUAGGAAAAAAGCCUGAAAAUCCAGCAGACAUGAUUGAAGAAGGGGAACUUAUCCUAUCUGUGAAUGUCUUAUACCCUGUUAUAUUUCAUAAGCACAAAGAGCACAAACCAUACCAGACGAUGCUGGUACUGGGCAAUCAGAAGCUCACGGAACUAAGGGACUCAAUUUGCUGUGUCAGUGACCUCCAGAUUGGUGGGGAAUUCAGCAACACUCCUGACCAGGCCCCUGAGCACAUCAGCAAAGACAUAUAUAAAUCAGCCUUCUUUUAUUUUGAAGGAACAUUUUAUAACGAUAGAAGAUACCCUGAAUGCAGAGAUCUGAGCAGAACUAUCAUUGAGUGGUCAGAGGCCCAUGACAGAGGCUAUGGAAAAUUUAAGACUGCUAAAAUGGAAGAUUUCACCUUCAAUGACUUACGUAUUAAACUGGGUUUUCCCUAUUUAUACUGUCACCAGGGAGACUGUGAACAUGUUGUUGUCAUUACUGACAUAAGGCUUGUGCAUCGAGACGACUGCUUGGAUAGAACACUUUAUCCCCUUCUUAUCAAGAAGCAUUGGCUAUGGACCAGAAAAUGUUUUGUUUGUAAAAUGUACACAGCCAGAUGGGUGACCAACAAUGACAGUUUUGCACCAGAUGAUCCAUGUUUCUUUUGUGAUGCUUGCUUCCGAAUGCUUCACUAUGACUCAGAAGGCAACAAACUGGGGGAAUUCCUCGCUUAUCCUUAUGUUGAUCCUGGAACCUUCAAUUAACCAAUAAAAAGUGUACACUCUAGGAGCAUGAUCAACCUGACACCAUCAGCUAGUUACCCCUACUCCACCCCCAAAAUUUGAAAUUACAAAUUUUCUUAUAAAGUAACUUGAUUGUAUUUAAAUGCUUAAAAAUAUAUUUUACUAUUUAUCACACAAUAUAGUUCUUACUCAGUUCAGUGCAUUUUGCCCAUCUUAGGUGUAUUUAUCUUACAGAAGGAGCACUUUAUAUAUUGAAUACAAAUCCUUUGCCAUCUAUGUAUUCUGAUUUUCUCCCAGUCUGUGGCUUGCAUAUUCAUUGUAUCCUCAAUGCUUUUUUGCUAAUCAUUAGCAAAAUUCAAUUAAUGUUACAUCAAGUGGUGGAAGUACUUGGAAAAUUAUUUGAAGAAUGUGAACACCAUACAUCAUGAGGCUUCCAAGGUUAUAUUUAUAAAUUCGACUGAAUUCCGCACUCCCUGGAUGGGUAAGAACAGAUAUUUACCAUAGAAAUAAACUGAUGAAGCGUCUAAGCCUAUGUGUUUUAAAGGUUGGCAGUAAAAUAUUUUAUGGACUUAAAUGCAACAUCCCCAAUUAAGUCUAUUGGUGUCAAGACCACAGCACCUGUUUCUGAUCACCCUUUCUCUGGCCAGUCCAGUGGGACAAAAGUUAUUGAAGCCUUCAGAGCCCUGUAGAAGCUUUUGCUCUUGUACAGGCCAUCUCAUCCUGACCUGGCGUCUUCAACCAGGUAAGUGUGAGAGUCUAUUUUAUUACCCUACUACUUGAAACCACAUGACAUAAUAACAGUUAUAAGGCUGAAGGUAUUCCAAUCAAGCUGUUUACACAGAUAAAGUCUGAUUCAGGUUCUCUGAUUCAGAUGGUACUUCUGAAAGUUUUCCAAAGCAUGUGAGAAAACCAACAAUUGAUUCUGCUGAGUCAUGCCUAAUUUACUGUUAAAAUGCUUUCCAAAAACAUACCAAAAAUGUGGAGUAGUGGGUGGUGGGGGCAGUCCUAGCUCUCAUUUAAAUUAUCUUUUAAGUGACUUGUCCAGUUGUGGAAUUUUGACCAAGUACACAAUUUAAAUUAAGCAACAAGUUGAACAUACUCUUGGUAAGCUAUGAAGUCCUGCUGGGUCACAGAAAAAAAAAGGGAGGGUGAACAAAAAUAACAUUACCUUUAUUUUUGACAUUUUGAGCUUGUUAGUUUCCCUGUUUCUCCAAACAACAUGAUAUCUAUGACAACGUUAACUAAGAAAUUACUCCCUUGGAAG